GAUCAUCCAGAGUCCUAGGUAACCUCUUCCGCAUCUUCCUGUACUUAUCCCAAACCUUCACUGCCAGGGAUCUUCAUCUUGCUGGUGCAAGUCAUCCACCUAGCUCGUUGCCUUGAUAAUCAACUACCUAGGUAUUUUGCAACCCACUCAACUAAACAGCGCCGGGGCAAGGUUCCUCUCAGCAUAGAGCGAAGAUCUCCGGUCCAGCCGCCAUGGCCUCCCGGCUCUUCUUCGACCCGGUGGUGCUCCUCCGCACCGCGCCGCUCGUCUCGUCGACCUGCACGCUGCUCUACGGAUCCGACCAGUCCUUCUUCCUCGGCCUGCUGAACCGGCCCGCGGCCACGCGCGCGCGCAGCCGGCCGCUGCUGCCGGACUACUUCGCCGCCUUCUUCCGCCGCGGCGUCGUCUUCGUCGUCGCCUGCCUCGCCGUCACCACCUGGUCCUCCGUCGCCAACCUCUACGUGCGCCCCGCCGCCCUGCGCGCGCGGGACUCGCGCUGGUGGUACGUCGCCGGCGCCGUGCUGUCGGCGAGCCACCUGCUGUUCGUGCCGCUUGUUGCGCCGUCGAUCAAGGCCACGGUGGAUGCGGACGAGAAGGGCACGGAUGCCAACGCGUCGCUGGACGAGUGGCUUACUGUUAAUUGGGUGCGGACGCUGACGGUCGACUUGGGCGCGUGGGCUGCUUGCUUUGUUGCUGCGGUGAAGUCGCUGGAGGCAUGACCACGGUGACUUAAGCAUUGAGAAGGGAUGCACUUGGGUGCAUAAGGGCGUCGAUCACAGGAAGGGGUCGCAGAGGAUUUCCGUCGAGCACCGAAAGAUGCUCCGCCGUCAACAAUGAGCCUUCCGCACUAUUUGGAGUCAGUGGCAGGGGCGCGCCCCCAAAUCUUGUCUGCUAUCUCCCCUCAACUCUUCAUCCUCAGGAUAACCUGGCGGAGCAUGACGGGCUCGGAGGUCUCCGGGACGCCGAGGAGCAGAGAAGACAAGGAAAGUCCAGACCAGGUUACCAGAAGGUAGAAGGAUCCUUGUAUUUCUAAGGUAAACUCUCG